AUGCUGUCACAGAGAUUACUACUCGGCCGGACCGCCGUCAGGUCCGCCCUCAAGCCAUCAGGCUCCCCAAUUGCCCUUGCGAGCAGAUGGUCCAGGACUUAUGCUUCCCAGUCUGAGGAGAAGGAUCUUGUCAUCAUCGGGGGUGGUGUUGCUGGCUAUGUUGCCGCCAUCAAGGCCGGCCAGGAGGGCAUGAAGGUCGCAUGCAUCGAGAAGCGCGGAACACUCGGCGGAACCUGCCUCAACGUCGGAUGCAUCCCAUCAAAAUCGCUCCUUAACAACUCACAUCUGUACCACCAGAUCCUUCACGACACAAAACACCGUGGUAUCGAGGUCGGUGAUGUCAAGCUCAACCUCCAACAGCUCAUGAAGGCUAAGGAGACAUCCGUCACUGGUCUCACCAAGGGUGUCGAGUUCCUGCUCAAGAAGAACGGCGUCGAGUAUAUCAAGGGUACCGGCAGCUUCCAGGAUGAGCACACCGUUAAGGUCGAGCUCAACGACGGCGGCGAGACCAGCAUCACCGGCAAGAACAUCCUCAUCGCCACCGGUUCCGAGGUUACCCCCUUCCCCGGCCUCACGAUUGACGAGCAGACCGUCAUCAGCAGCACUGGCGCCAUUGCCCUCGAGAAGGUCCCCGAGAAGCUCGUCGUCAUUGGUGGUGGUAUCAUUGGUCUCGAGAUGGCCUCCGUCUGGUCUCGCCUGGGCUCCAAGGUCACCGUUGUCGAGUACCUCGACCAGAUCGGCGGUCCCGGCAUGGACACCGAGGUUGCCAAGGGCAUCCAGAAGAUCCUGAAGAAGCAGGGCAUCACCUUCAAGACCGGUACCAAGGUCCUUUCCGGCGAGAAGACUGGUGAUGAGGUCAAGGUUCAGACCGAGGCUGCCAAGGGUGGCAAGGAGGAGACGCUCGAUGCUGACGUCGUCCUUGUUGCUAUUGGUCGUCGCCCCUAUACCGGCGGUCUUGGUCUUGAGAACAUCGGCCUCGAGCUCGAUGAGCGCGGCCGUGUCAUUAUUGACGCCGAGUACCGCACCAAGAUCCCCCACAUUCGCUGCGUCGGUGACGCCACCUUCGGCCCCAUGCUUGCGCACAAGGCUGAGGAGGAGGCUGUCGCUGUUGUCGAGUACAUCAAGAAGGGCUACGGCCACGUCAACUACGGCUGCAUUCCCUCCGUCAUGUACACCUUCCCCGAGGUUGCGUGGGUUGGUCAGUCUGAGCAGGACCUCAAGAAGGCCGACAUCCCCUACCGCGUCGGCACUUUCCCCUUCAGCGCCAACUCCCGUGCCAAGACCAACCUCGACACUGAGGGGUUCGUCAAGAUUCUCGCCGACCCUGAGACCGACCGCCUUCUCGGCAUCCACAUCAUCGGCCCCAACGCUGGUGAGAUGAUUGCUGAGGGCACUCUUGCGCUCGAGUAUGGUGCUUCCAGCGAGGAUAUUGCGCGCACUUGCCACGCCCACCCUACUCUUUCUGAGGCCUUCAAGGAGGCUGCCAUGGCCACCCACGCCAAGGCCAUCCAUUUCUAAGUAAGAUAAAGCUUAGGGUGCUGGAAAGGAGGAGGUUUCCUUGUGUAUCUGUACUGUAGUUGUGUUUUCCUCAUUUCAGGCAUUGGUGAAUGGACUCAGCCGGGAUGGUAAAGGCAUUUGAAAGCAGUAUUUAUAAUUUACCCCUGGCCGCUGUUGUUUUGUUUCGUGGUGCCGAGAAGAGAGAAAAGCUUGAGCAGCAAGAGGAGCAAUUUUGUUUUUAGAGCAACGGCAGGUUGGAUGGGAAAGGUUCAUGAGGUCUAUGGUUUAUCUAGCGUCAAAACAUAGAAGGUUGAUUUCCUGUAUGAUGGUACUAUAAUGACCACAGAAUACGUCAAGGGGGUUGAAGUCUUAUGCAGCAUGAUAAAUAAAUAGUGGCA